CGCAUCCCCCCCCCAUCCCCUUCCCGCGGGCGGGCCGGCCGGUGGGCUGACGGCCGGGCCCCUCUCCCCGCUCCCAGGAUGCGGAUCGUGGACGACGAUGUCAGCUGGAACAGCAUCGCUGCGGCCCAGGAGAAGGAGGAGGAGGAGGAGGACGAGGGGGACAUGCCUGUGGUGGCAGAAUUCAUUGAUGAGCGUCCAGAUGAAGUGAAGCUCAUGGAGCAAUUCCGAACGAAUGCUAAAUGGAAACUCUUAGGAGACCAGAACGAAGAUUCGCAAAGCUCAGAUGUUUCAGUACCUGCCAGAUCUACUGUGAGGCGCCAGCGCCACGACUCCCCCGACCCGUCACCACCGAGGCUGAAGUACAAUGUCUCCCCCAACCUCUCUCCCCCAAGACGGAAGCGCCACGACUCCCCCGACCUGUCACCUCCCAGGCGCCAGCGCCACGACUCCCCUGACCUGUCACCUCCCAGGCGCCAGCGCCACGACUCCCCUGACCUGUCACCACCGAGGCUGAAGUACAAUGUCUCCCCCGACCUCUCUCCCCCGAGACGGAAACGCCACGACUCCCCCGACCUGUCGCCUCCCAGGCGCCAGCGCCACGACUCCCCUGAUGCCUCUCCAAAGAAAGUCAGUUCAGCGAUGGGGAAAAAGGGCUGCAAAACCACGGACAAAUUGCCGACAGGGAGAGGCCAAGGAGAGCCGUCUCGGCUCAGACAUGGCACCUCUGACAAGUCCUCGUCACGUCAGAAGCAUCAGGCCACUCCAGAUGAUUCCCCUCCACAGAAGAGGAGGUACGAUUCUGACCCGGAUUUGUCACCGCCUGGGAGAAAGAGCACUGGGUCACCUAGUCCGAAGAAGCUGAGCAGAACGCGAGGUGCUUCUCCAGCUGUGAAGAAGGGGAGGCUGGUGCCCUCACCCGCGAGGUGCCUGAGGCACAGCUCCAAGUCCCCGUCCCCGCGGAGGGGCACCCGGAACGCCUCCGAGGCUGAGCGCGGGCUGGGCCCCGUACGCAGCGAUACCCAGAAGCGUGCUCCUCUCAGACAGACCCAGAGCAAAUCCUCAGACUCGGAUUUAUCCCCUCCGCCACGGGCCCUGCCAGCCGGCAGAGAUCAGCGUGAUUCCCCCGACCUCUCACCUCCUCGCCACCGCGACGCUCAGGGGUCGCCCAAGAAGGCGAGGACGAUGUUUUCUGGGGUUAAAGCUGGCUUGGUGUCAGCUGACGUGCUGCGCAGGGAACAGGAGGAGCUCAGGAGGCACGAGAGAAAUAACAAGCACUUGGAAGAGGAAUCCCGACACUGUGAGACCGUCUUCCGAGACAAGUUGGGCCGCAAGAGAAACCUGGCGCAGGAGUGGCUGGAGCAGAAGCAGAAAGCUGAAGCCAAGUCCGAGAGGGACGAGCAGUAUGCCAAAUGGGGGAAAGGGCUGGCUCAAGGGAGGCAGCAGCAGCAGAAUGUGGAAGAUGCAAUAAAAGAGAUGCAGAAGCCCUUGGCCCGUUACAUCGAUGACCAGGACCUGGAUCAAAUGCUGCGGGAGCAAGAGAGAGAAGGAGACCCCAUGGCUGAGUUCAUCAAGAGAAGGAAGGCCAAAGAGAACAAGGAAAAGAAAGAGAGACCGAGGUACAACGGACCAGCCCCUCCCCUCAACAGAUUUAAUAUAUGGCCCGGGCAUCGCUGGGACGGAGUGGACAGGUCCAACGGCUUCGAGCAGCAGCGCUUCGCCAGGAUCGCCAACAAGAAGGCGGUUCAGGAGCUCGCCUACAAGUGGAGCGUCGAGGACAUGUAACCGGGCCGCGGGGCCCUGCCACGCUUGGACCCAGAGGCGAGGCUGGGCCGGGAGCAGCGCGGCCAGGAGAGGGUUUUCCCAUCAGCCCAAGAGGACGAGCACUGAGAACCGCGGCGGGGAGGCUGCGGGACGGCCACGGCUCUGCCGCUCCCUGGGAGGUGCUGCAGGCCCUGCUCUCUGGUCCCUUUAUCUUCUUUAUCUGUCUUCUAACAAACCACAUAAACUCUGUGCUUAAUCGUUUGAUGCCAAAUACUUUGUCCUCUGAGGGCAGUUCGCAACUCUUCAGGUGUCCUAAAUCUCAGGUUUUCCUUCGUGGUGAAAGCACGUGGGGCGCUGGCUCACGGCAGAGUUAACCUCACCCGGUAGGUCAGUCUGGUCCAGAACUCAGUUGCGGCUUCGGCUGUUCCAGUUGUUCCAGAGAGCAACUCUGCCCUAAAACUACUUAACAGGGUGAGCUGAUCGGCCUCUGGGCUGAUGUCGGAUCCCCUGUGCCCUUCCCAGUGCACCCCAAGGGCUUCCCUUUGCUUUGUCGUUGUCCGAGCUCCUUCCUGCAGUCGCCGCCUUUCAGCGGAGGGUUCAUAAAGCUCGGCCUGUCCUGGCCCGCUCUGCGCAGCGGAGAGCGAUCGCCCUGCAGAGCUGCGCUUGACAGCGGGACCCCCAGGGACCCGGCAGCUCUUUGCGGGGCGGUUUCUUGCAGAAAUUUGCAGGUGGAGGCGGUUAAACUGCUUCCCCCGAUGGCUCUGGUGGAGGAGCGAGUGGUGCAGACUCAUGCUCGUGCUUGAAUUUGUCGGUCUCGGGGCUGGAGGCGGGGCAGAGACCUUCCCUUCAUCCCUGCCUGCGAGGAAGCGCUUCUGGAAAUAAAUCCCGUUGUUCUCGGGAUGUUAAACGCAGGCAGCGGUUUCUACGGAGAGGCCUCGCCUCCGGGAGCGGGCGGGGGCAGCCUGACCGAGCGCUGGGGGUCCGGGGGCGAGAGGCACGACCACACACGCCUCUGGAGCGGGACAGUCGUGAGAACUUCCUUCCCGGGUUUUUAUUCCCUGUGUUACGUUUCUAGCAGUCCUGGAAUCUGUCUGUACACUUGUAAAUAACAGCUUCCUUUUUUUACUGGA